AUGGGGUCGGACGGGUGCUUCCAGGCACGGCUAGGCAGCGAGGAGGGGCUAGGCCUGGGGCCGCUCACUCCUGCUGCGGUGGGUGUGGCGGGCGAUGGGGCUCCUGUGGGGGGUCUCAGCGGUUCCGCAGCGUCAGCUCUCAAGCCGUGCAGCAGCAACUCCGUGGGGGAUGUGAGGGCGGGGUUAGGUAGGAUGGGGUUGGGCGAGAGGGAGAAGGAGGAGGGUGGUGCGAGGAGUGGUGUAGAGGACGGGGGCUGGGCCAAGUGGCCUGUGAACGGCGCUGCAGGGGUGGAGAAUGGAAUUGCAGUGGUGAAGAACGGUUUCGUUCAUCCCCUCGCGUGUACCGAACCCUCCAGUGCUGCAACUGGAUGCUCUAAUAACGAGCCUAAGGUGCAACCUGCAACUGUAGCUCCUGGGUCCCAUUGCGAUUCCGCCGUGCCGAGAAUGAACCCGUUAAAGCCCGGGAAGCCGGUGGCGUGUGUGCUGGGCAUCGGUACAGCGAAUCCGGACACGAUUCGGCCGCAGGGGCAGUUCGCCAAGGAGUACCUCUCUCGGGUGGGCUGCCACCAUGCUGAGACCCAGGCCAAGUUCGAGCGCAUCUGCUUCCACACGGGCAUAGACAAGCGUCACAUGGUGCUACCCUGGGACACCAUCGCCGCCAACCCGUGCCUCCAGAAAUUUGGCGCCUCAUCCCUCUCCAUGCGCCAGGACAUCCUCGUUCCCCUUCUUCCUCCCCUUUCCCCCCCAGGCUACCACACGGGCAUAGACAAGCGUCACAUGGUGCUGCCAUGGGACACCAUCGCGGCCAACCCGUGCCUGCAGCAGUUUGGCGCGCCCUCCCUCGCCAUGCGCCAGGAGAUCCUGCGCUCCGAAGGCGUCAAGCUCGCCGCUGCCGCCUGCGAACGCGCCCUCGCCGAGUGGGGCGGGGACAGAACAGGCGUGGGGGGAGCUGGGGCAGGCGUGGGGGGAACGUUGGAAGCAGGGGGGGUUGGGGGAGCCGCGGGGGAAGUCAGUGGGGCGGGCGGGGUGGGGGGCGGGGCAGGUGGGGAAGGGUUUGGGGCAGGGGGGGCGGGGGGGAUAACGCACCUGGUGGUGGUGACGGUGAGCGGCGUGCACCUGCCGGGGCUGGACGUGCAGCUGGUGGAGGCGCUGGGGCUGCGCCGCUCCACCCAGCGCGUGCUGCUGCAGAUGCUCGGCUGCUACGCGGGGGUCACUGCACUGCGCAUCGCCAAGGACCUCGCGGAGAACAAUGCGGAAGAGGGCGCGAGGGUGCUGCUCGUGUGCUCGGAGCUCAACAGCCUCAUCUUCCAGGACCUUGCGAAGAAUAAUGCGGACGAGGAGGCGAGGGUGCUGCUCGUGUGCUCCGAGCUUAACAGCCUCAUCUUCCAGGUACAGUAUCAUCUCCCUUACCCUGUUUCUCGCACUCCUCACCUCCCUCCCCUCCCUUCCUUCUCCAUCCUACCCCUUCUCCCCCCAUUCCUCCCUUCCCCUGCCUCUCCUCCCUCCCCUCUCCUCCCUCCCCUCUCCUCCCCUCCCUGUCCGCCCAUCCACCAGGCACCGCACGAGUCGCUGCCGGACAGUCUGGUAUGCGCUGCCAUCUUUGGUGACGGGGCAGCUGCCAUGGUCGUGGGGGCCAACCCCCGCACCCACGCCUCCCACGCUGCACACACUGCACACACCGCACCCGCCCUGCAAGAAGCUACCACCUCUCCACAGCAGCAGCAGCAGCAGCAGCAGCAGCAGCAACAGCAAGGAGCAGGGGGCUCCUCCCCUAGCCCACCCGCCGGGCUUUCCCCCGAGAAGCCCAUCUUUGAGAUUGUCCGCGUGGCGGAGUUUUUUCUGCCCGAGACGACGCGCCACAUUGCGGGUGAUCUCACCGAAGCGGGGCUGCUCGUGCACCUGCGGAGGGAGGUGCCGCUGCUGCUGCCCGGGCCGGUGAAAGAUUUCAGUGCUGCCCUGCUGGGGCAGGCCGGAGUGGGAUUCGCUGAGAGCUUCUGGGCGGUUCAUCCGGGCGGGCGUGCGAUUUUGGAUGCGAUUCAGCGGCAACUGGGGUUGAAGAAGCAUGCACUCAAGGCGAGCAGGGAGGUGCUUCGGCAGUACGGCAACAUGUCAAGUGGAUCCGUGCUGUUUGUGCUGGAUGAGAUUCGAAGGAAGAAGCGUACCGAGCCUCAGUGGGGAGUGGCUUUAGGGUUUGGGCCUGGGGUCACGGUUGAAGGAGCAUUGAUGCGGUUGCUAUGA